UGCAAUUGGUGAAAGCCUUGGUCUUUUUUUUGAUUUCAAAGCCAAUGGAAGAGAGAAUUAUCCUUCGCCAAUGUGUAUUAGUUGUAACUCUAUCCAAGUUCUGUCAGAUCAUAUUUGGCUAUUCUAUCUAUCUUUUGAUCAUCUUAAAGAGCUUAAAGAAUGGAAGCAUGAAUCCUUUAGCAACAUUGAGUUGUCAUUUCGUUCUUUCCAGCCAGGAGUAAAGGUGAAGAAUUGUGGUGUCUGUUUGUUAUCUUCAGUUGAUAUUACACCACGACCAUCUUCUGCCCAUUUUAUUGUUACAAGCAAAGAAGCAGCUUCUUCAUUUAAAGCUUAUUUAGCUUUUUCUUCGUGGUACCAUCAAUGGAAGGCCAAUGUUUUCCCUGGCAUCAGAGUCGAAGAUCGAGCCCGGAGAUUCGUUGUCCCUGUCAUGAAGGAACUAGAGAAAGUAAUGACAAUUAGAUCAAGACUCUUUGAGGCCAUUGAAGAAUCAGGGCUGUCAAUAAUUAUAUUUGCAAGAGAUUGUGCUUCUUUAACUUGGUGCUUUGAAGAACUUGUCAAGAUUGUCGGAUUCAUGGAUGAGAUGAGAUCGGACACUGUGUUUCCAGUUUCUUGUGAUGUCGAACAAUCAAAGACAGAUGAUCAAACAGAGAGUUACACAAUUGUCUUUGAUAAGAAUGAAGAAAAUUCCAGGGAAAACGAGGAGAAGGUACAAAGAUGGUUGGAUAUUCUCAGUCAAGUUGAGAUUUCAUCUGGAUCAAGAUCAGUGGAAAGGUUUACCAUGCAGGGAUGGGGACAGGAGUGUCCAGGUCUCAGGAAGAGUCAAGCAAAGAAGGUGGUCUGUAUUCCAGCACCAGCAGCUGCAAACAGCAGGUCUAGUGGAGAAGUAGUUCCAUCUGACUUGUGGGCAUGGAGAAAAUAUGGACAAAAACCCAUCAAGGGUUCUCCUUAUCCAAGAGAUUACUACAGAUGCAGCAGCUCUAAGGGUUGCUCAGCAAGGAAGCAAGUAGAGCGGAGCCGAAAUGAUCCUAACAUGUUGGUCAUCACCUACACUUCUGAGCAUAACCAUCCAUGGCCAACACAGAGAAAUGCACUUGCUGGCUCAACAAGGUCUCAGCCUACAAAGAGCAAUGCAGCUUCAAAGAGCUCCACAGGUGCUGAAGCACAAAAAACAGCAAAUACAAAGGAAGAUCAGAAGGAGAGUAGCAAUGAUACAUCGUCUCCUACCGAUAUUAUUGGUGGUAGCUCAACAGCAAGUGCAUCUGUCAAAGAGGAGUCUGAUGACAUUGAGAAGCAAAUGGAGAUGGAUGAUAAUGAAUUCAGUGAAGGGUUUUCUCAGAGUUACUGUUGGGAAAGACAACUAGUGGUGAUUUUUAAAUACUCAGAUAAGAUACUAUAAACUGUUUUUAUUUCAAAAUAACAAGAAGAUCAUAAGCUCUCAAACUCACCCACUUUUUCUCUCUUUUAUUUUCCACACACAUUGCAAUGCUUUCUUGAUGUCUAUUUAAAGACAUGAACGGUAGGACAGGAAGGAAAAUCAGAGAACAUGUAGAAUAUAUUCCACCAGUUUAUCUUUCCACUUUUUACUAAAGUAGAUGAGUUGUUUCACUUUGUUGCUUUAAUGGAGUGGGACUACCUCAUAUGGUAAUGUUCUAACAACUGGUCCUUAUGAUUGAGUUUAUAG